UGUUGCGCCUCUGGGAUUAGAAACUCUGUGGUAGCAGCGUCUGUCACAGCAAACUUGUCUCCACGCAGCCACAGCGCUCAAUUGCAGAUAAUCGUGAACCGGUGCAUCCAAGUUCAGCCGUUUAUCACGCCUAGCGGUCCUUACGUCUUAACCAGCCAGACUAUUUGCGAUGACGUGCCUCCCAUCUGUCCGCUACCGCAGCUGAAAAACAACAAUCAAAGAUCUCAAUUUAAACAUUUUAGAAGUGUUUAUGCUGCAGUUAUGGCAGGCCUGCAUCGCACGUUAAUAUUCGGCUCCACACUGUUGUUCCUGUUGUCCUGUGACGCCCUGUUGAGUGAUGGACCACCCACCCUGCUGUCCACCUCCCAGCCCUCUCCUCUGUCCCUCAUUGACCUGGACCUAGAUGUGGAGGAGCAGCCUGAGAUGAUGACCGUUCCAGGCAGCCCCACCACGGUACCAGGCCUAACCUCCCAGGGACGGGAGACCUCCCAGCAGGACACGUCCCAGGAGGCCUCAGGGUUCUUCACUGAGGACGGUGAAGACAACAAGCCUCUCCAGUCCUCUGUUAAUCUCUGGGACGAUGUCAGAGACCAAGUCAACAUCACUGAUCUAGACAGGAACUCCCUCAGAGGUUACAGUCAAACCCUCUCCCAGUCCUCCACCUCUCCCAUGGAGGAACCCAGACAGGGGAACCACACUUCUCCUUUCAUGACUGCGAUGGAGAACCUGGAGCGGGAGUUAUGGGAGAUGGAGAGAGAGUCCAGCGGCCUCCCCGUAGAGCCUGGCUAUGCCCAGAACCAGGGCCUGUCUACCACCACCAUCCCUGCUGCUGACCCGGUGGUUCCGGUAGACUUCACCACCUUAGACCCACAAUAUGUCCCUGUACACGGGGGCCAGGAAUCACCUCCGGGGGACACAGUGGAGGUAGAGGUAGCAGAGAAGGAAGAGGAGAUGGAUAGGGAGAUGAAAAGGGAGAGUACCACCACUGAGCCUGACGUCUCCAUCGCCUCCUCCAGACCCACCCUCCCAGAGGUGGGUGUCUUCCCCAGCUUUGGGCCCUUACAGCCAGACAACAUUCAUACAGAAGACCGGGAGGAGGUGGUGGAGGAAGGUGACGAAGAGGAUGAAGAGGAAGAGGAGACAGUGGUCCUUGGAGGACCUGGGAGUGACAGGGGGAGAGGAGGGGCCAUCUCUCCCCUGACCACGGUCCCCUCUGCGUCUUUGGCCCCCACAGUCGGCUUCACAGAGGACUCCUGGGAUCGUCAGGAGGACGGGAGGGAGGGCCGGGAGGAGGAGGAGAGGGGGCAGGAGGAGCAGGAGGUCAAAAAUGGAGGAACAGAGCUGUUAACAGAGACAGAUAUCCUCCAUGGUGCACACUUCUCACAGGAGAUACAGCAGGUGAUCUGUGUGGACUGGAGCGAUCUGGCUGGGAAUGGCUACAUCAUUCUCAACAUGUCAGACAGCGUUGACUGUGAUGAGUUCCGUGUGGAGAGUGGGGACCGGCUCCUGGAGCUACUAGAAACAGCCUUCUCUAGGAAGAUGGACAGUCCUCAGGGCUCCUGGCUCAUCUCUCUCUCUAAACCCACCAUGCAGGACCACCAGCUGCUCAUCACACUGGCCAGUGAACACGGAGUUAUUGCCACCAAGGAUGUGCUAUCGAUGUUAGGUGAAAUAAGGAAAGGUUUACACGAGAUUGGCAUCCAGAGCUACAGCAGUGCUAGCACCUGUCACUCCAGACCCAGUCAGACGCGUAGCGACUACGGGAAGCUGUUUGUGGUCCUGGUGAUCAUAGGUUCUGUCUGUGUGGUCAUCAUCGCCUCUGGUCUAAUCUAUAUCUGCUGGCAGAGACGCCUGCCUACGCUGAAGACUAGGACACGAGGCGAGGAGCUCCAUUUUGUGGAGAACGGCUGCCAUGACAACCCCACCCUGGACGGGGGGCAGCCAGAGAUGCAGGAGAAGAAACACCACCCGUACCACCACGCUAAUGGACUGACGGCUGGGACCGGGUCUGGGGGGAUGGCCGGGGGGGAGGGAGGGAGCAGUGGCUGGCAGGUCCUGGUCAACAAACCUGGAGGGAAGGAAGAGGAUAAUAUGGAAGAGGACACACACCUUUAGUAGAGAGAAGAAGAGGAUACACACCUUUAGUAAAGAGAAGAAGAGUGGAAGAGGAUACACACCUUUAGUAGAGAGAAGAAGAGUGGAAGAGGAUACACACCUUUAGUAGAGAGAAGAAGAGGAUACACACCUUUAGUAGAGAGAAGAAGAGUGGAAGAGGAUACACACCUUUAGUAGAGAGAAGAAGAGGAUACACACCUUUAGUAGAGAGAAGAAGAGUGGAAGAGGAUACACACCUUUAGUAAAGAGAAGAAGAAGAGUGGAAGAGGAUACACACCUUUAGUAAAGAGAUGAAGAAGAGUGGAAGAGGAUACACACCUUUAGUGAAGAGUGGAAGAGGAUACACACCUUUAGUAGAGAGAAGAAGAGGAUACACACCUUUAGUAGAGAGAAGAAGAGUGGAAGAGGAUACACACCUUUAGUAGAGAGAAGAAGAGGAUACACACCUUUAGUAGAGAGAAGAAGAGUGGAAGAGGAUACACACCUUUAGUAAAGAGAAGAAGAAGAGUGGAAGAGGAUACACACCUUUAGUAAAGAGAUGAAGAAGAGUGGAAGAGGAUACACACCUUUAGUAAAGAGAAGAAGAGUGGAAGAGGAUACACACCUUUAGUAAAGAGAAGAAGAAGAGUGGAAGAGGAUACACACCUUUAGUAAAGAGAAGAAGAAGAGUGGAAGAGGAUACACACCUUUAGUAAAGAGAAGAAGAAGAGUGGAAGAGGAUACACACCUUUAGUAAAGAGAAGAAGAGUGGAAGAGGAUACACACCUUUAGUAAAGAGAAGAAGAAGAGUGAAGGAGGAUGGAAAACGGGUAGCCUGGAUCCAGAUCUUUUUGUGCUGUCUUGCCGACUUCUAUGGUCAUUGUCACAUUUGGCUUGGUAAAGACGGCACAAACAGAUCUGGCAGUCGGACUGGGCUAGAAAGAGAACUCAUGAUGAAGACGCAAAAAAUCAUCAGUGUUGUGAAACUUGUGAAUGCAUCGGCUGUCAAAUUAGAAACACACAUGAAGUAAACUUAUCAGAAGAAACAACUUCUUUAAGCUACUUAGAUGUUUUAUCUAUUGACUAUGAUUAUAUGAUAUGGACUUGAUCAUCUACUCUGCUUUCCUUUUUUGUCAACUAAGCAUGAUUCACAUCUAUUACUAAACACUGUACAGCUACAGGGACGUUUCAGAAUGUUGAAACAUUGAAUGUUAGAUUACCCAAUCAGAUUGAAUAGAGGUGGUAUCCCUCUGUUAUGAGUAUGAAUGUUCAUAGUGGAACUCCGGAAGUUAGGAUAUUGUAUUUAACAUGUUGAAUGCAGACUUAAACGCUAUAUGCUAGCUAUUCUGUAUUGUGUAAAGUUGGAAUGGCUGCUCUGUAUCUGGUCAGUUCACACUGAUCUUAGUUCAAAAUCACACAAUAAUUUGGAAGCAGCCAUUACUCUCAGCCUCCUUACAAUCAAGAAUAAAUCAACAAAAUAACUAGUUUGGUUGCCGGAUUUGAUUGCUUUUUGCAAACUGAUCUCUGGCUGCUGUGGCAUGGUAACAAACAAGGGGUUGGCUAAAACAGUCUGGCAACCAGACUGCAAAACAACAGAGGGAGGCUGGCAAUAUUUAAAAUGCUUUCAGUUAUAGUUAUAUAUAUCACACUGAAUUAACUGAUUAUAAGCACAGCUAAUAUUGUUUUGGGCUAUUAACUGUAGAAGUGAAGGCCUGUAAAUAUGAAUGUAAUUUGAAGUCAUGCUGCUAUAAUUUCUUCUGUGGCGUUAAUGACAUUCUGUCAUUUAAAUGUGAACAAUAUAUCUUCUCCGCCUGACAGUAUUGCCACUGCUUCAAAAUGGUGGGAUAUGUUUUUAGUGCAGAGUCAGCUUGAGGUCAGCUUAUUUUACAGAAAGGGAACAAUAUCACCAAGCAGGCAUGCUGGCACACAUCUCCCAUAGCCUACACUGUGCUUGGCCUAUAAGUAUUUGAAACGCUUAAAUCAGUAUCACAAGCUAAAACUGUUUUUGUGUGUGUGUGUGGGGGGGUUGGGGGGGGGGGGGGGUUAGCUUCCAAAAAUAGUAAGAUCUUAUAUUGGAGGGAUAGGCUACUAAACGAAUGCUGUCCCCUCCUCAUUUGUUGUAUUUCGCAUGACUAAACAAGCAGAUAGCCACUAUGUUUUAAAUUCUGUAUUGGAGGGUUGACCUCGCCAGGGUCGUGUUCAUUAGGCAUCAAACGGAAGAAAACUGACUGAAUCAGGGAGGGACUACUUGACUUGUCCAAUAAGAAACACACAUUUUAAUAUUCCGUCGCAAGAUCAUUUUCCGUUGUUGCGUUCCCUAAUGAACACGACAAGAGGAAAGUUCAGAGAAUAGGAGAACCAAUUAUUUAUAUAUACACUAAAUGACUGAUAGGGGGCGCUGUGUUGAAGCCAAUGCACAGCCAUCUUGGUACUCCUCCUCCAUUGUAAUGAAGCCACCGCAGAUCCAUCUUGGUACUCCUCCUCCAUUAUAAUGAAGCCAAUGCACAGCCAUCUUGGUACUCCUCCAUUGUAAAACAUUUUUCGGGAAGCUAUAUAAAUCCAUUUAUUAAUGUCUACAUUCGUUUUAAAUUAUAUUAUGUGAGCUAAACAUAAUAUAUAUAAAUAAAACAUACUAUUUUGAGAUUACUAAUGUUACUGUCCCCACUACAACAACAAAAACUACUUUAAAAUGUAAUUUUGUCCUUGAAACAUUUAUUUGAAAUGCUGUAGAAUUCCAUUCAUUCCUGUGGAGGACUGCUCCUACAGGGGAGUACCAAUAUGGCGUCCCGAAGGCUUCAAAAACCUCUCAAUGGCCAAUACGUAGCAUUGGUCUGAGAAAUCAGCAGUAGGUCUGUGUGGGCUGCUCCGAUGUAUUGCUCGUGCAGUGUUGUCUCUAUCCACUUGAAAGCUACACUGAGAUAAGUGUGGCUCAGUGUCGUUAAAAUGUCGAUGUUAUUGAUGAAGUAAUAUCGCAUCUUUGAGUGUCAUCAAGUUUUGUGUGUGUUAUUUCUAUUAGAAGUGUACUGACCUUGUCCCGAGGCUCCAUUGCUACGACAGAGAGAGAGAGGGAGAUGGCUGGAGAUGAGAUUAGAAGAUUUGUUAUUUGGAUUUAUAAAUUAACAUGAUUUCUAGUUUUUCCCACAACUUUUUGUGCGAAAUUUUGUUUUUUAAAUUCAUAUUAGUUUAUUAAUCUUUCACUGUUUUGGAUUUAUGUAUCAUGCAAUAUAUAGAAAAUAAACGUCUGGGAAAUGUU